UCAGCGGCAAAGUUUCCCCGGUUCAGUGUUGACUUGUGUAGACGACGUCGAUUGCUGGCACCAGCUUUUACUUAAAUUUUUUCAUCUAAUCUGAUAAAACUUGAUAAUAAAUAAUAAUUUAAAAAAGUGUCUUUUGUAAAUCGUGCUGUGUAAUUUUGCGCCAUAUGAGGACCGCGAUUUUUAAUUUUAAACUAAAUUCCUAUUCUUCCUUUUCCUUUUCUUCGUAAAUUUCUACCACUAAAAAUGGCGGGGUUUCAAAAAAUCGUGGUAAUUUUUAUAGGAAUACUAACAAUAGUGGCCGCUAUUUCUUAUGACGAAGUCCUCAGCAACGCACUUGGAGAUGCACUGAAUGACGAUGAGUUUGCAAUAAGUGUAAAACAUUUGAAAUUAAAAAAAAGUGAACAUGGAGGUACGGAAACGUUGAUUGCCGCUAAAUAUCCAGAUCCAAAUACUAAAUUUAUUUUUAUGCUUGACCGACGUACCAACACAAUAUUGCUGGAAAUGGUUGAAGAAGGAAAAAAAGGAAGGCAAGAUUUUCAAGUGGGCAGUCUUAAUGUAACCCACCCAAUAAAAAGUAUUAUAUUUCUUGUCCAUCAAAAUAAAGAAAACUCACGAGUCGAUGUUUAUGUUAAUUGCAACAAUCAAGGCGUUAUUCCGAUCAGAAAAACACUGAGAGAUGUUUUCAAUGAGGGAACAGAUUCUGUAUUUCGAGUGUACAAAGAGAGAAAGUAUCACACGAAAAUACACAAAAGCUCGGAAAUUUCGGAAUUAUGGGAACGAGAAGGCUGCCGUACAAAUCUUGAAGAUGUUGAGUACAAAAAAAAUCACAGCACGACUAUUUCCCGUGUCCGUCGACGUGGAGACAUUGGAAUCCAUACAAUUGACGAUUUAAAUUGUAUUGGAGAAGGAACUCUCAUAAAAACUCUGAAUGAAUUAAUAGAAGUUACUAAAAAAAUUUGGAGUGAAGUAGAAAAAAAUACCCAAGAAACUCGAUAUAUAAGAAAAUUAAUUGAAGAGUGUGCAGCUUGUCGUCCAGGAUUUCACGUCGUAGCCGCAACAACAACAACACCAGCACCACCACCACCACCACCUCCACCGCGGCCGUCAUGUAGACAUCAAAGUCCAUGUUACCCAGGUGCCCAUUGUCGUGAUACUGAAGGAGGUCCUGAGUGUGUGGGAUGUCCUCAAGGAUACAUUGGAGAUGGUCGGCAUUGUCAGAGAGUUAAAACAUGUAGUGACAAUCCUUGUUUCCCGGGGGUAAGAUGUCAAAAUACAAGAAGUGGUUACAGAUGUGGACAAUGUCCGUCUGGGUAUACUGGAAAUGGAGAACACUGCCAACGAGUAAGAGGAUGUGACUUGAAUCCUUGCCAUUCCGGAGUGACCUGUCAUCCGACUCAAGAGUAUCCAUACUACAAAUGCGGCGCGUGUCCUGAAGGCUACACUGGAAAUGGGACCAAGUGCCAGGACAUUGACGAGUGCGAUCUGACUCAGCCCUGCGACCCAAGAUCUCAGUGCAUCAACAUCUCCCCAGGAUACAGAUGUCUACCCUGCCCCUCGGGAUUCACUGGAACCGAGUCCGAGGGUAUUGGAAUCGAGUUCGCUCUCAGGAACAAGCAGAUCUGCCAGGACAUUAACGAGUGCGAUGAUGGACGAAAUGGAGGCUGCGUUCCAAAUUCAGAAUGCAUCAACACCAAGGGGUCAUUCAGAUGUGGAUCAUGCAGAAUAGGAUUUGUUGGCAAUCAAACUGUUGGAUGUCGUCCAGCACACAAUAUAUGUCCUGACAGAAUAACUGUGUGCGAUGAAAAUGCUGAUUGUAUUUGCAUUGCUGUUAAUCAAUACACUUGUCAAUGUCAUAUUGGCUGGGCAGGCAACGGAGUUAAAUGUGGAGUUGAUUCUGAUAGCGAUGGGCAUCCAGAUGAGGAACUAAUACUUGAAAACAAUGAAAUAUUUCCGGCAGAUAAUUGUAGAUAUGUACCAAAUAGCGGUCAAGAGGACUCUGAUAACGAUGGCUACGGUGAUUCUUGCGAUGAUGACUCUGACAAUGACGGUGUACUCGAUUCCUCAGACAACUGCCCGUUUCACCACAAUCCCAAGCAAGAAGACACUGAUCGGGAAGGUGCUGAUGGGCAUGGUGACGCUUGCGACAAUUGUCCGUCGAAAUUUAAUAUCGAUCAGAAGGAUACUGAUGGGGAUGGUAUUGGUGAUGCUUGUGACAAUGACAAGGACAAUGAUGGAAUAUUAGAUGAUGAUGAUAAUUGUCCGAUGAAGAAAAAUGAAGAUCAGCGUGACUCUGACGGGGAUGGAGUUGGAGAUGCUUGCGACAACUGUCCAGCUACUCCCAAUCGUAACCAGGAAGACGAGGACAGAGACAGAGUAGGUGAUGCCUGCGAUGACGGUCAUGACAGAGACAAAGACGGAAUUCAAGAUAAUAUUGAUAACUGUCCGGAUAUUCCAAAUUCUGAGCAAACGGACUCUGAUCAUGACGGUAUUGGUGACGAGUGUGAUAAUGAUGCUGACAAUGACGGCGUGCCCAAUCAUUUUGACAAUUGUCGGUUUGUUUACAAUCCAUUGCAAGAAAAUUCACGAGGAGGUGGAUUUGGUGACGCUUGUUGGGAUGAUAAUGACAAUGACACUAUAAUAAAUACACGUGAUAAUUGUCCGAAUAAUAGUCAAGUAUGGACGACUGAUUUUCGUAAAUAUGAAAUAAUCGCACUGGAUCCAGAAGGCGAAGCUCAAAUAGAUCCCAAGUGGCAGAUUCAUCACAACGGAGCUGAAAUUGUUCAAACUCAAAAUAGUGAUCCUGGAAUAGCUGUCGGAUUUGACAGUUUUACUGGAGUUGACUUUGAAGGUACUUUCUACAUUAAUACGGAAAUCGAUGACGACUACGUUGGUUUUGUAUUUUCAUAUCAAAACACACACAGAUUUUACUCAGUGAUGUGGAAAAAAAAUACUCAAACUUACUGGCGUGCUACUCCAUUCCGUGCAGUUGCUGAGCCGGGAAUUCAAUUGAAACUUAUUGACUCAGAAACAGGUCCCGGUAAAAUAAUGCGGAAUAGUUUGUGGCACACUGGAGACACAAAUAAUCAAGUUAAAUUACUGUGGAAGGAUCCAAGAAAUGUCGGCUGGAAGGAGAAAACUUCUUACAGAUGGCAACUGAUACACAGACCCAGUAUUGGACUGAUAAGACUCUGGAUCUUUGAAGGGCCACGUCUGAUUGCCGACUCUGGCAACGUCUUCAACUCGGCCCUCAAGGGCGGACGUCUCGGCGUUUUCUGUUUCUCUCAGGAAAUGAUUAUUUGGUCAGACUUACUUUACAAGUGUAAAGAGAGUGUACCUGAAGCCGUUUGGCGCGAAUUGCCCUCAAAUUUACAAUCUAAAAUAAACAUCGACCCAAGUAAUCCUAAAAUAUCGAGGCUCCAACGGCCUCUACACGAUUAAACAAUAAUAUUUAAUAAUUUAACAAAUUAAUAUAUACAUUUAAUAAUAAUAAUAAUUAUAUAUAUAUUUUUUUUUAUAUUAAAAAAUAAAUAAAUGAUGUAUAAUUAUACUAAUCAAUCAACAGUAUCCUAAAAAUGUUUGUAAAAUUUUAAUUCUAUCGAGGAUAAAUUAUUACAAUCAUGCACAAGCUAAUGUCUUUUAUUUAGUGACUUUAUUGCGCAUAGUAUUAAAUUUCAAAUAUUUAUUGUGGCCAUUGAUAAAUGAUAAUAUAUAUUGAUAAUUAAAUCAAUGAAUGAAUUAAUUAUGUAACGACUUUAUUAAUGAAAUUGAUAUAAGCAGUCUUCUUACAAUCUUGCUCCCUUGCAGCUUGGAAAUAUAUAUUUAUAUAUAUAUAUAUAUAUAUAUAUUUUAAAUAAUAAAAUACAGAAUCAGUCAUUUUAUAAUUGAUAACAAUCAUUAAUCGAAACUAAAUAAAUCGCUAUGUCAAUAAUUAAUUCCGAUACGAUAUCAUGGGAAAAUUCGGUUU